CCGUAGAAGAAGAGCUGCAGCCUCUCAGCAUCAGCACCAGCAUCCUCCUCUCCAUCCUCCUCUUCUCUCUCUCUGCUCCUCCUCUCCUCUCCGUCCACUGCGGAACAUCGGCCCGUUCUCCUCCUCCUCAUCCUCCGGCUCAACAUGGACAACACCGGCAAAGAGAAGGAGGCCAUGCAGCUGAUGGCUGAGGCCGACAAGAAGGUCAAGGCGUCCGGAUCCUUCCUCGGAGGGAUGUUCGGGGGAAACCAUAAGGUGGAGGACGCCUGUGAAAUGUACGCCAGAGCAGCCAACAUGUUCAAGAUGGCAAAGAACUGGAGUGCUGCGGGGAAUGCAUUCUGUCAGGCCGCUCGGCUCCACAUGCAGCUGCAGAACAAACUGGACUCCGCCACCAGCUUCGUCGACGCCGGCAACGCCUACAAGAAGGCCGACCCACAAGAGGCCAUAAACUGUCUAAAUCAGGCCAUUGACAUCUACACUGACAUGGGUCGGUUUACCAUCGCAGCCAAACAUCACAUCACUAUAGCAGAGAUUUAUGAGGCUGAGCUGGUCGAUAUUGAGAAGGCCAUCGCCCACUAUGAGCAGGCAGCAGACUACUACAAGGGAGAAGAAUCUAACAGCUCCGCCAACAAAUGUCUCCUGAAGGUCGGACACUACAGCGCUCAGCUGGAGCAGUACCAGAAAGCUAUUGAAAUCUAUGAACAGGUUGCUAUGAGCACCAUGGACAACCCUCUGCUGAAGUACAACGCUAAAGAGUAUUUCUUCAAGGCUUCGCUGUGUCAUUUCAUAGUGGACGAGCUGAACGCCAAGCUCGCCAUAGAAAAGUACGAGGAGAUGUUUCCAGCCUUCUCAGACUCCAGAGAGCUCAAACUCUUAAAGAAACUCCUUGAUUCCCACGAGGAGCAGAACAGCGAGGCGUUCACGGAGGCCGUUAAGGAGUACGACUCGGUGUCUCGUCUGGACCAGUGGUUGACCACGAUGCUGCUCCGCAUCAAAAAGACCAUCGCGGGAGACGCUGGGGACCUGAAAUAGACCAGUUUAGAGAUGGGGGAGACAAGGGGGGAGGGGGUGGGAAAGAGAGAAGAAAGAUAUAGCGUACAAAAAUGAAAGGAAGAGAGUGUAAAGGUGUGUUUUGGUGGAAGAAAGGUUAAAAAGAAGGAUAGUCAGAGAGAUGAAAGGGGGAGGGAGGGACUGAGGGAGUUUACAGUUGUACAUAUCAGUCUGCAUGUGACCCCCAACUAGCUAAGCUUCACCUUUAAUCCACCUUUAGACGACCCCGUGUCCCCGGUCCUACAGUAUUUUUCCCGUAACAUUGAACAGAAUUGUACUUAAAAGAGAAAUAUAUAAAAGGUGAGUGUGUGUGAGAGAAAGAGAGAGUGUGUGUGUGUGUGUGUGAGUGUGUGUGUGAGUGUGUGUUCGCUGCAGUAAGGUCAAUUAUACACUAAUUGAUGGGAAAGUGUGAAGCUCAUACCAGAUUUAAGGAUUAUAUGUUAUUAAAAAGGGAAAAUGUUAUUUAUGAGAUAUUUACUGUCAAUACUGAAAAUAUUAUUUAUGUUUAUUAUGGUACUCAGUGUUACGAUUUGUCUUAAUAUUUUAGGUAUUAGCCCCUCUCCUCCUCCUCAUCUGUUCUUCCUCCUCCGUCUCCCCUCGUCCUCUCCUCAGCCCUGAUAUCACCCGUUGUGAUUGGUUGGUUCUUUGUGUUCUGGCCAGCGAUUGGUCGGUGCAGUUAGCCACCCGUGCUUACCCCGCCCCCUGUCACUGCCUCGUUUGUGCAUGUCUGUUGUCAUGUUGAUGUAAGUGUUCUCCGUGUCGUGCUAACGUGUGAACAACAUACAUGUAGCCUGGUAUCAUUUGUGUGAAAAUCAGUAAAUAUGUACCUCAGAUACCGAGUUUAAAUAAAAACAUCAUCGCUCCAGAUA